AUGGCAGAUCAAGAAAAAUUUCAUUUUAGGCACUCUAUGCUUUAUGAGUUCCAACUUGGUUAUAAUGCGACGGAAGAUCAUAAAAAUUUGUGUUUCGUCUUUGGACCAUCUAAAGUUAAAGUGCGUACGCUUCAAAGAUGGUUUGAAAAAUUUAGGUCAGGUGACAUGAAGCUUCAAGAUGAACCUCGCAUCGGAAGACUAAAGGAGCUUGAUGACAACAUUCUGAGGGCUUUAGUGGGUAAUGAACCACUAUUGACUACGAGGGAGAUCGGGGAUAAGUUAAGCGUUAGCCACAUAACAAUUGAAAACCACUUGAACAAGCUUGGCUUUGUCUACAAAUGGUGUCGUUGGAUUCCCCGUAAAUUAAGCGAAAAAAAUAUAGCAGAUCAAAUUUCUAUUGCUUCUUCUUUGCUUGUUCGACAACAAUAUGAGCCAUUCUUGGAUCGCUUGGUUACUGGUGACGAGAAGUGGAUUGUGUAUGAUAAUGUAGUAAGAAAAAGAGUCAAGAUAAUGCCAGGCAUUUCGCCUCCUACCCUUGCGAAGGCUAAUUUGCAACAAAAAAGCUAA